CGAAACUGAUUUUAUAAAACUUACUGUAUAAUGUAAAUGUUGACAGCUAUGACAAAAAGUGCCUCAACUUUUGUUUCCCGCUGCUCCUCACCUUUCCUGCGUGUAGUCUUUAAUUAUGUAACUAAGUUAUUUUUCCAUCCUGUUCGUCGUGAGCAGUUUGUUUUGUGUAGCGUUAUUUUGACCAAUCACGCGCGGCUUUAACAAAAAAGCAACAAGAAAGGAUGUUAGACUUCAAAGAGCGAACGACCCAUCUCUAAGCAUCGUCACAAAGUUGGUACUUUAUUCCCGACUCGGACAACAGUGGGGAACAUCAAAGCUUUUGGAAGAAGAAGACGAAGCAGCAACGACAUGCCUAUGACGGUGAAAGCUUACCUGCUGGGCGACGACGACGCGGUGAGAGAGAUUCGCAGGUUCACGGUGGACCAGGACGUGUCCAGCAUAUUCGAGUAUCUCAGUGGGAAAAGCUGUGACGUGUUCUCCAAUCUGCAGGGCUCUACCUUCAAAAUGUUCUACAGAGAUGAGGACGAAGACCUGGUGGCGUUCUCUACGGAUGAAGAGCUGGGGAUGGGCCUGGCCUGCAUGGAGGACGGCACUUUACGUAUUUUCAUCAAAGAGAAGGAAGACGUCCCUCUUAAUGCCUUAGCCCCUUCCACCUUCAACCCCCAGCCGACGUGUGCGGGCUGCAACGGCCCCGUGGUGGGCGUCCGCUUCAAGUGCAGCAUCUGUCCCAACUACAACCUCUGCUCCGACUGCCAAGCGCAAGGCACACACGCCAAGCACGGUCUGCUGCCCAUCUCGGAACCGCUGGAGGAGGGCUGCAUGAGGAGCAUGCUGACAAAGGCCAAGGAGCGUUCUAGAAUGUUUUUUUGCCUCGGCAGGUGUUGUUCCCUCGGGGCAAGUGGAUGAAGAUGAGUUCCCUCGGGGCAAGUGGAUGAAGAUGAUGAGACACUUUGAAGCCUUCAUCAAGAAUCAUUGUUUUCUUC